AUGCAGGCGCGCGCGCUGCUCCUGGCCGCGCUGGCCGCGCUGGCGCUGGCCCGGGAGCCCCCGGCGGCGCCGUGCCCCGCGCGCUGCGACGUGUCGCGGUGCCCGAGUCCGCGCUGCCCCGGCGGCUACGUGCCGGACCUCUGCAACUGCUGCCUGGUGUGCGCCGCCGGCGAGGGCGAGCCGUGCGGCCGCCCCCUCGACUCGCCGUGCGGGGAGAGCCUGGAGUGCGCGCGCGGCGUGUGCCGGUGCCGCUGGGCGCACGCCGUGUGCGGCACGGACGGGCACACCUACGCCAACGUGUGCGCGCUGCAGGCGGCCAGCCGCCGCGCGCUGCAGCUCUCGGGGACGCCCGUGCGCCAGCUGCAGAAGGGCGCGUGCCCGUCGGGUCUCCACCACCUGACCAGCCCGCGGUACAAGUUCAACUUCAUCGCGGACGUGGUGGAGAAGAUCGCGCCGGCCGUGGUCCACAUAGAGCUCUUCCUGAGACACCCCCUGUUCGGCCGCAACGUGCCCCUGUCCAGCGGCUCGGGCUUCAUCAUGUCGGAGGCCGGCUUGAUCGUCACCAACGCCCACGUGGUGUCCAGCACCAACUCCGUCUCAGGCCGGCAGCAGCUCAAGGUGCAGCUGCAGAACGGCGACACCUACGAGGCCACCAUCCAAGACAUCGACAAGAAGUCGGACAUCGCCACCAUCAAGAUCCACCCCAAAAAAAAGCUCCCUGCACUGCUGCUGGGCCACUCGGGGGACCUGCGGCCCGGGGAGUUUGUGGUGGCCAUCGGCAGCCCCUUCGCCCUGCAGAACACCGUGACCACGGGCAUCGUCAGCACGGCCCAGCGAGACGGCAAGGAGCUGGGCCUCCGUGACUCGGACAUGGACUACAUCCAGACGGAUGCCAUCAUCAACUACGGGAACUCCGGGGGACCUCUGGUGAACCUGGACGGUGAGGUCAUUGGCAUCAACACGCUCAAGGUUGCAGCUGGCAUCUCCUUUGCCAUCCCCUCGGACCGCAUCACGCGCUUCCUCACAGAGUUCCAGGACAAGCACAUCAAAGACUGGAAGAAGCGCUUCAUCGGCAUACGCAUGCGGACUAUCACACCCAGUUUGCUGGAGGAACUAAAGGCCAGCAACCCAGACCUUCCGACGGUCAGCAGUGGCAUUUAUGUGCAAGAGGUUGUUCCGAAUUCACCUUCUCAGAGAGGGGGCAUCCAAGAUGGCGACAUCAUCGUCAAGGUCAACGGGCGCCCCCUGGCAGACUCCAGUGAGCUGCAGGAGGCCGUCCUCAACGAGUCCCCGCUGCUGCUGGAGGUGCGGAGGGGCAACGACGACCUGCUCUUCAGCAUUGCACCCGAGGUGGUCGUGUGAAGGUGCGGCCGCCUGCCUCCAUCGCCGAGCUCCAAAGCCUGCAGUCGAGGACGGGCGCCCACCGAGCGGUUCCGUCCAGAACCACCGGCCACCGCAGGAUCAGGACGAAGGACCGAGGUCGGUCCUCAGCAGAGCCAGCAGCCUCCUCCGGGCCGUCCAGGGGCAGAGCCACGGGCUGGGCUUGGCCAGGGGCCACAUCUCAGCCUUUGCGGAGCGUUGGCUCCCACAUCAUGGUGCCCAGGGGGCCAGCCCAAUGUCUCCCUCAUACAAAUGCUCCUGAGGGCCACCUUCCAAGUUCUCGGGAGAUCUAGAAAACUCCUCUGUAGUCCCUGGAAGUCCCAGCCCCUCUCCCACCUUCCUGUCUUUGCCCCUGUCGAUCCCUCUGUCUGAAAUGCCCACCAUCCUCCUACCCCACCCUCCCCGCACCACCGACUCCCACCUGCUCAGGUCUCAGCUCUCAAGCCUCCUCCUCCCCUGGGAACACCUCCCAGGCCCCCGCCCCCGAGCCCAGUACCGCAGCGCCCACCACGUUGAAUGCCCAGGGCUGUCUGCCCCGCCAGCCUGGAGCCCCCGGUGGGCAGGCCACUUCUGACCCCCCUUGAGGAGGCACUGAGGGGAUGUUCCCCAGCUGCCCAGUCCAGCCCUGUGGCCGGUGCUGAUGCUCCCCCUUCCCAGGCAGGAGCGAAGCUGGAGGAAAGCAGAGUGUGUCUGACAUACUCUGGGAGGCAGGCGUGUCCUCCUGGAGGUGACUGUGGAGCAGAGGGGGGAGGAAGCUGGGACCUGCCAGGGGGAGGGGACUGCAAGGACUGAGCCAGCUUUGCCUCCCUGAGCUGUUCUGGAUGGAGCAGCUGACUGCGGACUCGCCCCUGAGCGGCAGCAGGAGGCACCCAGCAGCCAGGCGCGUGUUUGUAGGUGUGGUCGUGAGCUUCGCUGUGCGUUGAUUCCCCAUGUUGCCUGUACUGUAAGUUUCUCUACUGUAUGGAAAUUAAAGUUUACAAGUGCGCA